AUGAUCAAGACAUGGCAAGUGAAGACUAAUGGGAGAGAAAAGCCCCAAAAGCUCACCCAUUUGACCACGAAGGUAUAGGGAAAUCAAAGAAUCAAAGUACAGGAGGAAGGAAAAAAAAAGAGUGAAAGUGCCAAAAGUUAGUAACUUUCUUCCCCCCCCUCCCACCCCCUUCAAAAAAAAAAAGAAGGAAAAAAAACAAAUAAAAAAUAGAACAAAAAGGAGGGAAAGAAGGAAUAGGGGUGAAGGAGGGGGAAAGGAGAGAAAUGAUCCAUGAGGAAAAUGCUACCCUUCUACUCAAAUUACUUAUCUUGAAGAAAAGAUUUAGAGAUGAAAUUGACUGAGGGGAAGAAAGGAAAGUAGAAAAAGCUCUAACAGUCCUAGAUGUCUUCAUGAACAUGGAUUGGUUAGAAUCAGUCCAAUCAUAAGAAGGGGUACACUGGAGUGGGCAAACAAGGGAACAAAGAAACAUGUUUACUUCAUAAUUAAUAUCAAUUUAUAAAAAAAAAGAGAGAGGAGAAAUAAGAGAGGAAACUUAGGGAGCUAGAAUGUCAAUUACCAUUGAGGGAACCAAUGACAAGAAAUGACGGCAUGGUCCCCAUCAAUAGUUACACCCCAAUAUUCUCACCACCGUACUUCCCUAUACAUGGUAUACUAAUAAGUUUUCAUUAUCAUGAGUUAAUAAUUAGUAAAUAAUAUAGUUUUAGCCUUAACUCGUGAUAAAUAGACUUAUAUUUGUGUUAAAGUGUGAAAAGUGGUUUUCAGUUGAUUAAUGUGAUUUUUUGGGUAAUUAUGUGAUUUUAUACGAAUUUAUAUGAUUUUUACGGUCUUACUUUUGAGAUAAAUGAAGAAAAAGAAAUAAAACUAAAAUAUUGCAAAAUGGGGGGACCCGCCGGCCAGCCGGGCCCGCAAGCGGGUCGGAAGCUUAGUCGGGGAGUAGCCGCGAGCAGGGGCUCGAGCGGCUUGGACCGAUAAGGGCACAUGUACGCCACUCCCCUUCCACGUCACCGGUGGCCAGCCGGCUGUGGGGCAAGGAGUGGUCGUACACGCGAGAGAAGGGACUUUGCUUAGAAAGCUAACAUUACUAUAUAUUCGCCUGAAAAAUCGGCGCACAACCGAUGUGGGACUAAACCCGUGUCACACCUUCCUCAGAAGGGGCGGACAACCGGCGCGGGUUCGAAUCCUCCCAGAGUCAAAAUUCAUAUAUUUUUAUCUGAUUAUCGCGACUUUCCUACAGAUCGCCAGUGAAGGAUUAAGCAACCAAAAUUGCUGGAUCAUCGGCGGAAAUCUCGUCAACGCGAUUCGCGGAGCAUUGCUACUAAAAUUGCUGAACGAUUCGCGAUAAAAGGAUCGUGAAUCCAUCGAGUAGAUCAUCUCCGAUUGAUCGACGAACAAGCCGUCGACGGGAAGAGGACGAUCUGCCGGGAGACGAGUCGCCACCUUCUGAGAGCGUACCAGAUGCGAUGAAGAGCCUCCUCUUGCUGCGCGGACCUGAGGAUGAAGCUCUCUGACACGUGCCCCACCUCCAUCCAGCUCCUCUCCGUCGAGUGACAGCCGCCAAAGAGCCGCAAAGUCGCCGUUUUUCCGCUCCGCCGGGUGACAGCCGCCGAAGACGAUUCGACGACCCACUUCAUUGAUCUCUAGACUUCGCGAGAAGAUCUAGAGAUUGCCCACGUCGUCUUUGUCCAAAGAGAGCCUUCGAGGCCGUGGACACUGCACGACGAUCCUCCCGAACGCUCAAGAUUCCAGUGCAUCACCGAUGCAUCGCCGUCGCGACGUCGGAACUCUAUUUUCCUGCUUUCAAUUUAAUUUACGCUUCAUUUAGUGAUACUUUGUGUGAUUUUAAUUUACCAAACUAUACUUCGUUCAAUUACGAUUCUUCCGGCUUUUACAGAUCUUAAUUUGAUUAAUUAAAUCGUCUGUAAUCGCUUACGUAAGAAUCGUCGGGCGGAACUCUGUUUCUGCCCGAUUCGCGUUCGCCGGGCGCUGACGUCAUCCUGACAUCCGCACCCUUAUUUCCUUCUUUUUCGUGAAUUUUAAAUAUAUUUCUUUUUCAUUUCCUAGUAUAAAAUUCAUAUAAAAUCGUAUUCAUUGAGAAAAAAUCUGAAUAAUUACAAAAUAUUAUAUUACAUCCCUGUGAUCGACCUAGAAAAUUACCGCUAUUUUUGGAAGUUUUAUUGAAUCAUAAUUGAUAUAUUUAUUUAGAAAUACUUCUAAAUAUCCGAAAAUUCGUAUUUUCUAGUUUUAUAAAUUUUAUAUUUGCGUGAUUUAAUAUACAAUGACUGAGUCACGUCAUAUACUAUGGUACUUCUGCCUGAUAAUGUAGGCCAAAAGAUGGCAAGAACACAACAAUCAUACUGGAAAAGAGAAAUCAAAAGGAAAAGGAAUGCCAAGAAGUUUAUCACAUAAAGAGGCCAAGCCUUGGAACAAAGGAAGACAAGGACUGGAAAUGGAAAAAAAGGAACACACAAAUGAAAAAGAAUCCUAGAUGUGCCCAGCAAAGCAACGAUUGGUUCAACGACCACGAACUGGUCACUGGUUUAGAGGAAACGCUGCAGUCAAAAACAAAGGAAUGUUAG